AGGAGAAGUGAACACGGUGGUGACUUCAGUCAAAGAGAGCCAACAGGUCACACGAAAAGACAGUGUUGUGUCCAGCACGUGGGAAUAUCUGUGGAAAUUUGGUGACAGGCUGAAACUUGUAUAAGAAACCAACGAUGACCCUGUCCUGGAGAAUAUGUUUUGUCUUAUUUGGAAUGAUGGCGUACUCUGAGGCCAACCUCCCGGAAAACAUCAAGAAGUCUAUUGAACAUCUGCAGAAUCACUAUGUACAAAAAAAUUACAACCCAGAAAAAUUGUAUAAUGGACGUUCCCUCUUUCUAGACAAGCUGAAGGAUAAAACGUUUGAGGAGGGUGAACAGAAGCUCCUGAUGACUAUUAUUCUUGAUGCAUACAACAAAAUUUUCACCCGGAUGGAGAAUGAGACUCAGGAUGAAAAGGUGAAGCAUGACUUGCAUGAAGUAAAAGAACAAGUGAACAAGCUGAAAGAACACUACUUCUCUGGCAAACAUGCUACCAUCAAGAAGUAUGUCACUGAGCUGGUGGAGCUUAAGGAAAGUGACCCAACGAUCCAGAGCAAAGCAAUAAUUGAGCUGAGGACCAUCUACAAUCAGGCAACAAAUCUGGGGAACCUGUCAGCAGAGAACCACCGGCGACGACGGCAAGCUAGAGGCUCCAAAAAGCAGCGGCGUUCUUAGCCAAAAAUUAAUUCCUUUAGAAUGUUACCAAGGAGGUGCUUGAAGGUGUAGAUUUAUUUAUUGGAAUACAGUGCCUCAGAUUUUAUAUUUUAUGGACACUGACAUAAUUUAUUAACAUUGUUAAAAUCUUAAUUUUAUUAAUUGUACUAAUUUAUUUAAUUUGCUAUUUAUUUUGUGAAAGUGUCUACUGU